UUACUCUUCUUCCUAUCCCAGCUCUUAUCACCUUAUGGAAAGGAAAUGCUGCAAUCUUUUCAGUUCUACAUAGCCCCAAAUAUCAACCCUGAUGGAUACGAAUUCAGCUUCCGAACCAGCCGAUAUUGGCGCAAGAACCGAAUGCCCUCCUCGACUCUUGGUUGUGUGGGUGUUGACUUAAACCGAAACUUUCCGUACAAGUGGGGCGUGCGCGGUGCUUCGACGUGGCCCUGCAGUGAAACCUACAUGGGAGGCAAGGGUGGUGACCAGCCAGAAUCCAAGGCAGUAAUAGACAAACUGCAGGAGAUCAAACAUAAUGUCAGACUUUACUUAACGUUGCACUCCUACGGUCAGUACAUGCUGACACCCUUCGGCUACCAACGCAGCCAGUAUCCACCCAGAUACGACGAAUUGAUAAACAUGGCCAUUAAGGUGAUACGGACUAUUUGGCAAACGCAUGGCAACGUCUACAGCGUGGGCAGUGCGGCCGAUCUGCUCUACGCCGCAGCUGGAGGCUCUGACGACUUCGCCAGCGGAGAAUUGAAAAUACCCUUCGCGUACACAAUUGAGCUGCCAGACAGUGGAACCUACAAUUUCCUUCUUCCAGCAGCAUAUAUACCAGUCGUGGGCGAAGAAAUGUGGACAGCUCUUAAAGUUUUGGUUGAAGAACUGAAAACCCGAUGA